GAGAGCAGAUCCACGGUACAUUUACGUUUCAAGAGCCGGAAAAAAAAAAAAAAAAAAACCCGGACUUCCUGAUUGAAGUAGAGCUUUACGUCGACACGAGCUGAAGUGAUGACAUAAACACGUCACAGUUUAUAAUCCUGAAGGCACUGGGCCAAUGACGUGAUCUCCAUGUGAGGAUAUCUCAAAGCCACCUGUCUUAGUGGAACAAUUACAAACCGGCUAAAGUUUCCACUGACCACAACAGUCAGCAUUUUCCAGACAUCUGCCAAUGCUCUGAGCUCAUCCUUGUCCACCCAUCAUCAACUUGAGGCUGGCACCAUUUCAAGCUCACCCUCAUCAGUUAGGUAAGACAGAGCUGUUUGCCAGCCCUCCUCUUCAUGUCCUCACAGGUUAUAAUGAAAGGAGAUGCUCGAUAACGUCUAUUGUUCUUUGAUGUUCAGAGCUGGAGAUGCGUUUUAUCCUGGCAACUGUUUCAAAGUAACCUGCAAUGCUGUUCUUGAUAGGAAUUUGGCCCUAGGCAUUGCUCAGGUUGAAUUCUGUUUCAUUUUAUUUCAUAAUCUGUAGUGUCUUGUGGAGAGUAACCAAUUACCUGGACUUUUAAAAGCAUUUGUGGAAGACACUUGGAUAGUGUUAUUGCCUUAUAAGGUUAAGAGUAAUAGUAGCAGGAGAUGAAGCAAUUUUAUUAGUAGUAGUUGUAGUAUUUGUAGUAUGAAUAUUAGUAAUGGUAGUAGUAGUAAUGUAAUUAUAGUAAUUUUAGUGGAAGUAGUAGUGGUAGAUCUAGUAACAGAAAUAAUUAUUAUUUGAAUUAAAAUUGCCUUGUCAAGAGCAUAUUGGAAGUGGUCAGUAGUAGAUAGCGGCAGUCAAAUGGUAAUAGAUGAUUAAGACUGGAAUAGGAGAGCUUGUGGUGCUUAUUCCCUCUGUGGAGAUGGACAAAGGAUACCAAGAUUACUUCUGGCAUACCACAAGACUAUGAUCAUAAUUUCUCAGAAAUUCAAACAAAAAGUCAAACAAACUGUAGCUGUGCACACCCUCCUCUCCAUUGAUGGACAGGAGUCUCAUGUGUGACUUUAGCACUGUCCUGGGUCUUAUUCCAGCAGUGAUCUCAGUCUAAACAUGGCUUCAUGUGAGAUACGAGGACCGCGGUCAGAGAAAAGUAAAGCUUCAAUAUUUACAGGAGAACGGCUGGUGUCCGUAUGUCAAAUCCUAAGGGACAUCCCACACAGGCACAGGCUGAUAAUGAAACCCAUCAGUUAUAGGGCACAGGUGUCCCUCUGGAUAUUUGAGUACCUUUGUGAUUGUGAAUGAGUCUUUCUUAAAGGUGCACUACGUAACUUCUCUGGAGCAUGCUCCACCACAUGCUUGUUUCCAUGGAAAUGUCAUUGCUUUGACUAUAGAAUGUAUCACAGUAUGGCAUUAAAUGUGUCCAUGUUCAUAGAGAUGAGCAGAUGGUGGCACGGGGUCAAGUUGCAAGAUAUAUGGAGGAGAAGCGAGCUCAUGCUAAUAAUGCAUGGUUAAAAUAAUGUAUAAGCAUUCAAAACACUUAUAAUUGUUUCACAACUUUACUUAAAAGGUGUUACAAUUAACAGUGCUGCAGCAGACAGUUACAGAAACUGAUGUAGUUUGGAGGUAAUGAGUUUCAAUUUAACAAAACAUUUCCCAAGACAAACAAAUGCAAAUCUUUAUUUAAUCCAAGGUAGUCUGUUAUGCUGAGUUUUGCUCAACUAAAUACAUCAGAACUGAAUUUACAUAUUUUUGAACAUUUUGUCCCAGUUCCUCUCCACCUGUAACACAGUAUGUAACAUGUGUGCAAAGUGGAAUCAUGCAUCUACUAUAUACUGUGGUUGACUUUAAGUCAUGUAGGCUGGAUCUUGGCUGGCAUUUGUAAGAACUUUCAGGGGCCUGGCUUUUGGGCUCAAGGGGAGGACUUGCCAAGGCAUUCCUGUCAUAGUUUCGGGACACCUCUUCAGACCAAGUAUACGUCAGGACUGCUACAGUGCACUAUAAAAGGGGGAGGAACAUCCCAAAAGAGUGUGCAUUGUCAGUCUACUCUACUGCUACUACCACAAAAAAAAUCAACCUUCAUCUCCUACUGAAGAUGUGGACAGUGCUGGUCUUUGUCAUCUUUAAUUUUGCACUGGUAUCAUCAUCCUCAUGCCAGAAGUGCCUUUGUCCACCUAAGGGACCCGUGUGUCUAUCAGGGGUCAGUAUCGUCCCGGAUGGUUGUGGAUGUUGUAAAGUGUGUGCUAAACAGCUCAAUGAAGACUGCAGUGAGACAGAGCCCUGUGACCACAUCAAGGGACUGGAGUGCAACUAUGGUGGGCAAUAUGCAGCAGAUAAGGGCAUUUGUAGAGCCAGAUCUGAUGGCCAAACCUGUGAAUACAACAAGAAGAUUUAUCAAAAUGGAGAGAUCUUCAGACCUAGCUGUAAACAGCAGUGCACCUGUUUGAAUGGAGCUGUAGGUUGUGUGUCUCUAUGUCCACAAGAGCUGCCCCUGCCCAAAGACAGGUGCCCCCAUCCCAGACUGGUCAAGGUCUCCGGGCGAUGCUGCGAACAACUGGUCUGUCCAGAAGAGAUGAAAACAAUAAAGAAAUACAGGAGAAAGCAAAGGCUAUCUGAACAUUUUGUUAACAGUGAAAAGAAUCUGGCUACAGUGUGGACAGAGAACUUACCUGAUUUCAGGACUUACAAUUUGGACAGCUCAGCAAAACUUGACUGUGCAGCCCAGACCACAGACUGGUCCUCUUGUUCCAGAUUUUGUGGCACUGGAGUCUCCACCAGGCUGACAAUUAGCAAAGAAACUCAAUGCAAAAUGGUGACUGAGACUCGGAUAUGUGAAGUACGACCAUGUGAACAGAAUAAGAAUGGCCAGAAAUGCCAGCAGAUCCAAACUCCCUCCAGGCCAGUGAGAAUGUUCCUUGAUGGCUGCCGUAGUGUGAGGAGGUUGCCGGUUCGAUUCUGUGGGAGCUGUGUAGAUGGGCGUUGCUGCAGACCCCAGCGGACUCAGACUGAACCUGUGCUUUUCAAGUGUAAAAAUGGAGCGACUGUAACUCGAAUGGUGAUGUUGAUCCAGUCCUGCACGUGUGACCAUUACUGCUCGGAAACAACUUCUGUGUAUAAUGUAUUUAAUGAGGUCCACAAACUCAAAAAUUAGAGAAUAAUUACAAAUGAUUGUAAGUUAUGCUUCAACACAAUGGAGCUGUGCAUUUUGCUUCUUAUAAAAGCUUUUAGUUAUUUUAUCGUUUUAUUUUAUAUUGUGAAAUAUUUUUGAGUAUUUAAGGUUUUUUGACAAGACAGACAUGAUGAUUACAAGAAGAAUCAUGGGAUGUUGCUUUUUGUUUACAUGACAUAGUGCGUAUUAACAGCCAAUUACUAUAGUUUAUUGUUUUUUUUUUAAUAUGACUAUGGCAUAAUGGUCAGAUAAAUUGUGUCUUAAAAAUGUUAAACAAAUUAGGUUUAUUUGUUGUUGUUUUUUUCUGUUGACAUGAACAUGUUGUCAGCUAUGACAUACUUUAUC